CUGCGCGAGAUCGGUGGCAGCCAGCCGCCGUACGCGCACCUGCAGUGGGCGUAUGCGUGGGACUUCCGGAAUCCUCAGUGGGUGCUGGACACCAACAACGCCUAUCAGGGUUACUACAAGGCGCCGUCCUUCCCGCAGGUGCGGCCGACGCUCGACGAGCAGGAGAUCCUGAACCGCGUCCUGACGGAUCUGAACACCUACAAGACGGAGUGGUUCGACAAGUUCGUGACCGGCCAGGAGCCGCUGAGCAAGUUCGACGAGUUCGUCGAUGGCCUGAACAAGCUGGGCGCCGCGGACGUCAUCGCCGUGCGCCAGCAGCAGUACGAGCGCUACGGGGAGCUGACCGGCAGCUAG